GUGCAAAUGGUUAUGAACAUAACCUUCAGGGGGCAAGAAAUAAUUCUCCUUCUCUGCCGUCUCCGAGAGGGAUUGGUAAAGCGAAAGAGCCAGGGUUUCCCGUAAAGAAAAGAGCCAGGCCGAAGUCCUUUUGGCCGCCCCUCUACCAGCCGCCGUUCAGUUUAAGGUGAUCGUCGUCUGCGAUUCGGCUUCUGCUUCGUGAAAUUGCUUCCGGAAGCUGAAAUGGCGGACAAAGGCGAGGACCUGCCGAGAGAUGCUAGGAUCGUGAAAUCGCUUCUGGAAUCAAUGGGCGUCGAGGAGUACCAGCCCCGCGUCGUACACCAGUUCCUAGAGCUGUGGUACGGCUACGUCGUCGACUUGCUGUCGGACGCGCAGGUCUACUCGGAGCACGCCGGCAAGGACGGAAUCGAUUGCGACGACGUUAAGCUCGCCAUCCACUCUAAAGCCAAUUUCAGCUUCUCCCAGCCUCCUCCGAGAGAGGUGUUAAUGGAGCUGGCAAGGAGCAGGAACAAGCUGCCAUUGCCGAAGUCGAUAUCAGGGCCCAGUGUCCCACUCCCGCCCGAGCAGGACACGCUGAUCAGCCCGAACUAUCAACUUGCGGUCCCAAAUAGGCAGCAACCUGGCCAGGCUAUGGAAGAAACAGAAGAAGAUGAAACAAUCGAUCCUAAUCCAUCUUGAGAGCCGGCGGCAGAUUUCGGUGCGUCUGGAGCAAUAGCACACUGCACGAAGGGUCUCAUUCCCCGUCUCCAAACAUCAUCCUCGGUGAUCGCGGUGCAAGAUAUUAGAAAUUCAAAGAAAUAAGAUAGCACAAUUCCAACCGGCUUUAGAGCCGUGGUUCUUAAAAUCGACAAGCUGUCGAUGCUGAAAAUCGACUAUAGUCAUUUGGCAUACCGUUGGGUUUGGAUUACAACUGUUUUAUUGAUCAUGGAAACGAUUUAUUUAUUACA